AUGGCGGCGACAGCAGAUUUCACUCAGAAUGAUACUGAAGCCGCCUUUCACUUCUACUCCUAUUACCGUUCCUCAUGCUGUCAACGGAUUAUCAUCGCCGCUCAUCUCAAGGGCAUUGACCUCGAGUACUCCUAUCUCAACUUUAGCGUGAAAGAGCACCGUACAGACGGAUAUAAAAACGACCUCAACCCCAGUACUAGCGUGCCCACAUUGGUGAUCACUCCGCGCAACGGAGGCGAAAAGACUAUCAUCCGACAGUCCAUGGCUACUUUAGACGCAAUGUCGGAUCGGGUGUAUGUACGCGACUUGACCAAUAUCAUCACUAUUGAUACACAGCUCCCGACAAACUUCCGUAUCGUGCAGCGGGUAAGAGCUCUGCGAGAAAGUCUCGACGACCAGGUUGCCCUUGCUCAUCCGUCUUUUAUCGAUGGAUUCGAAGCUUUUGAGGAUUUGCUGGUCAAGCAAGGCUCAGAAAGAGAGUCUUAUUCCUUUGGCAACUCUAUCUCCAUGGCGGAUGUGGUGCUAGUUCCUACAGUUGAUCAGCUUGUGGUGUACAGAUUGGAUUUGGACUUUGUGCCUAAUGUCAAACGUGUGUGUCUCGCCCUUAAGGAAUUGGAUGCCUUCAAGGCUGCGCAUUGGCGGAAUCAAGGAGAUACACCGGAAAGAUUCAGGGCAAAUGAUUGCACUAGCUAUAUGACUAGUAAAUUGCGUAGUCAGUCUGCCAAUCUACAUGAAUAA